CCGUCCCUGUCCUCCGUGUGUAGAAAUCAUCCCCGCAUUGAGCAGAAACAGCAUCUGCUGCUUCUCUAACAGCUCCACCACCUGACAUUCAACAACCACCAUCCAUUUUUUGUCUCCUGACUUUUGGAUGACCUUUUGCUCACCACAUCGGAACACGAGAAGUUGACGCUUCAUUACUCAUCCUGUUUCUCUCCAGUCACCCCAGUCACCCAAAAGACGCACGUCACAAGCUUGACUACGUAAUCAGCUGUAUCCCACUUGCGAUUUAUGUGCUUGCGCCUGAGCACUCUUCAAUUUCAGACUGCCAUAUGUAAGUCAAGCAUAAUUCCCCGCCUCACCACAUUCAUCCUGGUUUCUGAUGCCAGUCUUUGUUGAAUACAGACCGUCCGUGUUGGAUCCAGUGGUCCAAGAAAUCUUCUAUAGCACAAUUCCCUCUUACCAGAUUCUCAACACACCUCCGCGCCUAUUCCCAACCUCCCGCUUCCACCACCUCAACAUCUCGUCUCAAUAUGGCCGACAUUGAAGCAGCAAAGCGUGCUGCCGCUCAAGAAGCUGUACGAAAUCACUUCCCGGACAACCCGCGCUUUGUCGGUAUCGGUUCAGGCACUACUAUCGUCUACGUUGUCGAAGCAAUCAAGAAUUCUGGAAAAGACGUUUCAAGAAUAGGAUUUGUGCCAACUGGCUACCAGUCAAAACAACUCAUUAUCAAUGCCGGGCUGAUCCCCAUAGAAUUUGAUGCCUUACCAGAUGACGCUCAGAUAGAUGUCGCCUUCGACGGCGCAGACGAAGUCGACGAGGAUCUGAACUGCAUAAAAGGUGGUGGCGCUUGUUUAUAUCAAGAGAAGCUGGUGGCCAUGCGCUCUAAGCAGUUCAUUUGUGUUGCAGAUCACCGGAAGCUCCAACAUCGUCUAAUCACAAAGUGGCCCACCAUUCCCAUUGAGGUUGAACCCAAGGCUGCUCGCCAAGUCAUGAAGAGGUUGCGCAUGUUGGGGAGCAGAAGUCCCACGGGUGCAGGGCCCACCAUCCGAGAAGGCCAUAUGGCCAAAGCCGGGCCAGUCAAAACCGACCAAGAUUUCUUCAUUAUCGAUGCUCCAUUUCCCCACCCCUUGCUCAUCUCCGAAGACAUUGCCAAUGGAAAGAAGGGCGACGGUGAGGAUGGGGUUUGGGAAGUCGAAUUGCUGGCGCGAACCAUCAAGGACAUCAAUGGUGUUCUGGGUGUCGGCAUCUUCUGUGGGCCAACCGGUCCAGAGGCCGAAGCAGCUUCCGUUGUUGGCGGUCAACGCCCAAUUGCAUGCUAUUUCGGCAUGGCUGACGGCACUGUGACUUUGCGCCGGGCACGUGAAAAGCCUCUUUCAGUCAUCGCGUCGUACCCCCCACUGAUACCCAUCACGUCUUCCUAGCUUCGCUAACGGCGGCCAUCGACCCAUGAGCUCCGACUCUGCGUGGCAGUGUCAGAGUGGGGUAAAGAUGAAUCGAGAUAAGAUCAUAGACCGUAUUUCAAACAGCCUUGAUAUCACUUUGCCUUCCUCUUGACUUCGUUCUCUCCCAGCUCUCGGAUGAAGAUUCCGACCUGUCCUUCGCUGACGAGGUCCUUUCCGUCUUCGAACCCGGGGCUUAUCGCUGUUGCCAGAUAUUUUCCGUUGGAACUGAAGCUUGUAGCUGCGACACCACUGGCCAGCUUUGGAUAAAUCCGGAUUCUCCUCUUGGCGACCGCAUCCCAGAUCGCCACAACACCAUCCCCACCACCGGUAGCGAACGUGCCAUGGAGGGGAUGAAACGCCAAAGCGUUGACGGGGUACACGACGUCGACGUCAUCCACCGGCUGCCGAUGGCAUUUGAAAGCAUAUUUCCUGGCCUGGCUUUCAGCACUGGGGUCAAACCAUUCCACCGCCACUCUGCCCUCGAUGCUUGAACUGGCGUAGCCCUCAUCACUCGGCAUGCAGGCGACCGCCCGGGUCAUGAACUUGAGGGAACUCUCUCGUCGUUGCCAGGGUUCCAUGUCCAACUUCGUUUGGGUGUUGGUAGUUCCGUUCGCAGAUGACGCCGCCAGCGCACUAAGGUCGUAUAUAUGUAAUUGGCGUGAAGACAUGGCGACCACUAGUUUCGAAGGAGACAGGGACAAGGAGAAUGGCUUGGACGGGAGAGCGAUGCUUGCCGUGGGCCACGUCUCUGCGGUCGAAUCGGCCCCGUUGUGGAUGUGUAGUGUCGAGUCCCAAGCGGCGGAGAUAACUAGCUUGUUCUGUGCAUCGUAGACGACGGACCGUACUCCUGCCUCGUGGGUUGAAAGAACCGUUUGGGUAGAUGAUGCGACAUCGAUACUGGGAGAUGAUCAAGUUAGCACUGUGUUCUCGGGCGUGGGGUUCAUGUCUCUUGAUGGACCUUGAUCGCCUUUGGGGUCUUGAUUCGUGCUCAUGGGGCAAUUGUACGACAUACCGUCUCACAUCCCAAUCCAAACAAGCGGAAUAUAAUUC